UCUUCUCGCACCGUACCGUAUUGUCAGAAAAAUAUGGCGGAUAUGGAGUUUUGACGCUUUGUUUUGGUGCUUCAAAUGCGUACUCUCACGUUGUCUGACUCUUGCUGGCUUGUGAAUUGCACUUGAAGUGAUCAAAUAGCAACGUUUCACUUGAGACCAUGCCGUCGGCCUGUGACUCUCUGAUUGACGACAUUGAGGACAUGGUGUCUUCUCAUGACCCCACACCUCAUGAGAGGCAGUCUGCCCGAAGGAGUAUCAUACCCAGGUCCAGGAAAAAAACUGACAUUUUGGACAAUGAGGAACUCCAAGCUGACAGUCUGAUUCCUGGGACUCAGAAAAUCUGGAUGAAAACAUGGGGCUGCAGUCACAACAACUCAGAUGGGGAAUACAUGGCUGGGCAGCUUGCUGCCAGUGGAUACAAAAUGACAAAUGACCCAGCUGAAGCAGACCUAUGGCUUCUGAACAGCUGCACUGUGAAAAAUCCAGCAGAAGACCACUUCAGAAACUCAAUCAAAAAAGCCCAAGAGCAACAGAAGAAGGUGGUGGUAGCCGGUUGUGUUCCACAGGCCCAACCUCGAAUGGACUAUCUCAAAGGUCUUAGCAUCAUUGGGGUCCAACAGAUUGAUCGAGUGGUCGAGGUGGUGGACGAGGCUGUUAAAGGUCACUCAGUUCGUCUUUUGGGCCAGAAGAAAGAUGGCGGCCGGAGGCUUGGGGGAGCCAGACUGGAUCUUCCCAAGAUAAGGAAAAACCCUCUCAUUGAAAUCAUCUCCAUUAACACAGGGUGCCUGAAUGCAUGUACCUACUGCAAGACGAAGCAUGCCAGAGGAGACCUGGCCAGCUAUCCCAUACAAGAGCUGGUUGAGAGAGCUCGACAAUCUUUCCAAGAGGGAGUAUGUGAAAUCUGGCUGACCAGUGAAGACACAGGAGCUUAUGGUCGAGACAUUGGGACUGACCUGCCCACUCUACUGUGGAGGCUAGUUGAGGAGAUUCCUGAAGGGGCCAUGCUCAGGCUCGGGAUGACCAACCCACCUUAUAUCCUAGAACACCUUGAGGAGAUGGCGAAGAUAUUGAAUCAUCCACGUGUCUAUGCCUUCCUUCACGUUCCUGUGCAGUCAGCCUCUGACAGCGUCCUCAUGGACAUGAAGAGGGAGUAUUGCAUUGAUGACUUCAGAAGAGUGGUUGACUUCUUGAAAGAACGGGUCCCAGGUGUAACAAUAGCGACAGAUAUAAUCUGUGGCUUUCCCGGCGAGACGGAGGAAGACUUCAGCGAAACUAUAGACCUGGUGAAAUGUUAUCGAUUCCCCAGUCUCUUCAUCAAUCAGUUCUACCCCAGACCUGGGACACCAGCCGCCAAGAUGGAUCAAGUGCCUCCACAUGUGAAGAAACAACGGACAAAAGAACUAUCUCAACUCUUUCACUCCUACAACCCUUAUGACCACAAGGUUGGGGAGAGACAACACGUGUUGGUGACCGAAGAGUCCUUUGAUACCCAAUAUUAUGUGGCUCACAACAAGUUCUAUGAGCAGGUACUGGUUCCCAAGAGGUUCGAGUUCAAAGGGAAAAUGAUUGAAGUAGACAUCUACGAGGCAGGAAAACACUUCCUGAAAGGACGACCAGUGGAAGACAUAAAACCUUUCACUCCCUCCAUUGCUGCUCCACUUCAAAAAGGAGAAGUGUCUGGCUUGAUGAAGGAGCAGAUGGUAUAUGGUGUCCAAGGUCCCUCUUCUGUGUCUUCCUCUGUUUUGUUGAUUGGGUCUUACAGUGUGGACCGAGAGCUAUUGAAGAGGCUGGGGGUCGGACUGGCGCUGGCUGCCGCAUUACUGGCUUUUAUUGUGGAGAGGAUCUAUUAGCGUUGCAACCGUAAGAUGGAAGAGGAGCCGUAACCAGGGAGAGGAUGGCGACAUCAACAGCAUCUUUGAAUGGGAGCGACAUCUUCAAAUUAACCGACUUGUUACUUUCUGUGCUUUCGUGUUGCACCCAAAGCGGGCAAAGGACAUCUCGGUUGGAUUUUUGCUUUUAAUUUCACUUCAUUUGGCCUCUGUUUGCUUUUUUUGGAUAAAGGCACAUAAAAGUUUGUGUAC